CAUAGAGGAGGACACUCCUACAGAGAUCAGCACAGGAUAUGCCAUGGAGAAACUCUCAAAGGAUCGUCUUGGGUUAUCUCCAGGUAUGAAAAUGGAAGAUGAGGACAUCACACAAGAUUGUGCCGGAGAAAAGACAAUGAGAUCAGCUAUAGAUGGUGGACUUCACAGUGUGGAUAGACCAUUGAAUCCGUCUGAGAAAUUACUCUGUCCUCAUUAUGGGGAAAGUUUCAUCUCCGAAUUAGGUCCAAAUGUACAUCAGAGAUCUCAGGGUGGGAAACCAUAUUCCUGUUCAGAGUGCGGGAAAUGUUUUUCAGACAGAUCAAAUUUUAACAGACAUCAAAGGUCUCACACUGGAGAGAAGCCGUAUCCCUGUCCUGAGUGUGGGAAAUGUUUUGCAUGGAAAUCAGACCUUGUUAGACAUCAAAGAUCUCACAGAGAGGAAAAGCCGUAUUCGUGUCCCGAGUGCGGGAAAUGUUAUAUACAGAAAUCAGACUUUGUUAUACAUCAGAGAUCUCACACAGGUGAGAAGCCAUAUUCCUGCCCUGAGUGUGGGAAAUGUUUUACACAGAAAUCAGACUUUAAAUGUUGA